CAUUAGAGGGAACGUAGAAAUCUACAGACCUUCAUUCACAUUUCCUCGGAAACGCGAAGUUAGAAAUCGAAAGAACACAAUAUAGGGACACAAAGUUGACUUAGGGCACUACCCGCCCCCUUUUGACAGCUGAUCAGAACGAUUAUACUUAAAGCAGAGCAUUCACUGAUGGACAACAAGCAUGGCUUUACACGGGAAAGUGGCUUUGGUAACCGGUGGAGCGCAAGGAAUCGGGCGGGCAGUGGCCGAAGCCCUACUAAGGAAUGAGUCGAAGGUUGCGCUUGUCGAUCUCAACACAGAAGUUGGAGAAGACUGCAAGAAAGCAUUAGAUGAAGAAUUCGGAGAAGGAAACUGCAUUUUUAUACAAUGUGACGUGGCUGAUAGAGGGAAGCUGAAAGAUGCUUUCGAUGCCACUGUCGCGAAAUUUGGAAAACUGGAUAUCGUCAUUAACAAUGCUGGAAUCAACAACGAAAAGAACUGGGAAAAGACCAUUGAAGUUAACUUGACAUCCCUCAUAAAAGGCACAUACCUGGGGCUGGACCACAUGAGCAAAGAGUACGGGAAGGAUGGGGGUGUCAUCAUUAACGUCUCGUCAAUGGCAGCUUUCCUCCAUUCCCCGCAUCAGCCAGUGUACACGGCCACCAAGCAUGGGGUGAUUGGAUUCACCAGAGCAUUGGCUGAUGCGGCUGACAUAGGUGACUACGGCGUGAGGAUCAAUGUGCUCUGCCCAGCCUUCGUGGACACGCCCCUCCUCCAGUCUAUCGAGCAAGAAGACAACAUGGGGAAAUUUGUCAAAUACAAGAAUUCCUUCAAGGAGAAGAUAAACAAGUAUGGAGUAUUACCGCCGUCGAAGAUCGCGGAAGGAAUGCUGAGGCUGAUCACCGACAGCAGUCUGAACGGAGCCGUAAUGAAGAUCACCUGCUCCAAAGGGAUUCACUUUCACACCUACGAGCCCCUUUCCGCUUGAGCCCCGCCCGCCCGCUGCCGCCACUGCCAAAACCGCCAUCCGCCGAGGCAUGGGGGGGGGGGAUGUCAACCCCAGCGCAGCGCGACUUGCACUUAACGCUGAAAAACAAAAGCCAUUCCGUUCAUAGUCCAGUGCCUUUUUUUUGCCAAUUUCCAAUGGACAAAUUCAUCACAAACGCAUCACAAAGGCAAAGGUUACAAACACUCUGCAGUGCUGGCUGACUGAAUUCCAGCCUGGGACUUAAUAACAUUUACACCCCUGCAUGUGUGUAAAUGACUGGUACUGGAUCAUCCUCAGCUCUUGCAUCUCUUUAUGUCUUUUUUUCUUAAAUGUGAAAAAGAAUACAGUGCCCACCAGGAGUAUUGGCAACCCUGGAAAAUAUGAGCAAAAAAGCUAUAAAAAUGGUCUUGUCAUUCAUCGGCAUGAUCUUACACUCAAAAUAUGAGAACAAUUUAUAAUCUUUAAGUAAAAUUAUUAAAAGAAAAAAAAAUUCUUCAUGAGAAAAUAAAAUAUUUUUAUGUAACUGUUUUCACUGGACUAUGUGGUGAUACUAUGUGGUCAAAACCCCUUAGUCAUCCGUGGGGAUGAUCUGAGAACAUGCAAAUUAGACAAAAAAAUGUCGUUGAACUUCAUACAGUAAACCAAGCAAUGGCGAUACAGAAAUAGCGUUAUGUCUGAAACUACCUAUUUCCACAAUUAGGGCAAUUUGAACUGUGAUGAACCCACAUGGAAGAGGUUAAAAGUGUAUUUUGCUCUCGUGGACAGUGUAGAGGAUGGUUCAAGAGGCAAACAUUUUCUCCAAGGAUCACAGUGUUGGAGAAUGGCAUAAAAUGGUUGCAUCCUGGGGCCACCGAGUCUCAAAAAGCACAAUUAGAUGAUACCUCUGUGCCAACAAGACAUUUAAAAUGCUUGCAAGAAGAAAGCCUCUGCUGUAGCCAAACCACAAAUGCAUGUGUCUGGAGGAUGCUAUAAGUUCAUGGAAUUUAGAUAAGAACAGGGUGCUAUGGUCGGAUGAGAUGAAAAUUUAGAUUUUUGGUGAUAAUACCAAAGGUGGGUUUGGGCGUAAUAAGAUGCUUAUCUUAUUAUGCAGAAAAUAGCCUUAUCUCCACUAUGAAGUAUGGUGGUGGAUGUGUGAUGUGGGGGGGGGGCAGGGUGAUUUGGAGAGAUUCCGCAUGGAGGAAUGGUUUCCAGUACCUUGCUCUACCUUGCGUUCUCUAGCCUCAUCAAACAUUACAGGAGAAGACAGAGUGCCGUUGUGCACUAUUACUGAAUAGAGGGAUGGAAAUAAUUUUGACACACAUCUUCUUCAAAUUAAAUAUUUAGCAUUAAAAAUGUUUUUCCUCUGAUCAAUGGUAUCAUAAUGAAACUUAUUUUUUUACAUUUUAUCAGCAUAGAAGACAUUUGAUAAAUAAAAAAUGGAAUUGAAUACUGCACUUUGUGUUCAUAUUAAUUGAGGUUGCCAAUGAUUUUGGUGGGCACUAUAUUGUAACUGAAUACAUUUGUGAUUACGUUUGAUUUAUUGUUUUUCUUAAUAUUUAUUAGUCUCCAUAAGUAUCCAGAUAACCUGUAUGACAUGCCGUAUGACAGAGACACACCUUAUUGUCUCAAAAGUCAAUGGGAUGCAAAAAUAAAAUCAGACCAUUGAACUUUUAUUCGACAAAUAGUUCAUGUUGCCUCUUAUGAUUCAACAUUUUUUUGGUGUUUUUUUAUGUUGUAUGUUUCGGUCUUAAAUAAACAUUUAAAUCAUUA